UGCACACUGAAGUUACAAAAGCUUCCUAUAUCUUUCACUCAUCCAAACAAUCCUCUUCAUAUAAGAGGAUUCCAAAGAAACCCAACUCAAAUUAGUUCAUUCGCUUCAACUUUGAGGUGCUUAUGGCUCUCCAAGCUGCUUUUCUGCUUCCUUCUGCUUUCUCUGUCCCCAAAGAGGGAAAGACUAGCUCAGCUUUGAAGGACUCUACUCUCUUUGGAGUGUCACUCUCAGACCAUGUCAAAUCUGACUUCAGCUCUUCUGCAUUAAGAUGCAAGAGAGAAUCUAACCAAAGAAAGGUACCCAUUGGCGGCAUAAGAGUUCAGGCAGUGGCUACAACACCAGCUAUCAAUGUGGCAGCACCAGAAGGGAAGAAAACACUGAGAAAGGGCAGUGUUGUGAUCACCGGCGCCUCCUCUGGAUUGGGACUGGCCACAGCUAAGGCUCUGGCCGAGACAGGCAAAUGGCACGUAAUUAUGGCCUGCAGGGACUUCCUAAAGGCUGAAAGAGCCGCCAAGUCGGCUGGCAUUGCCAAGGAAAAUUAUACUGUCAUGCAUCUGGACCUCUCCUCGCUUGACAGUGUCCGGCAGUUUGUAGACAACUUCAGGCGUUCAGGCCGGCCACUUGAUGUGCUGGUUUGCAAUGCAGCUGUCUAUCAACCAACUGCUAAAGAGCCUUCUUUUACAGCUGAAGGUUUUGAGCUUAGUGUCGGGACAAACCAUCUUGGACACUUUCUCCUCGCGAGAUUGAUGCUUGAUGACUUGAAGCAAUCUGAUUGCAAAUCAAAGAGACUCAUUAUUGUCGGCUCAAUUACAGGUAACACGAAUACUUUGGCCGGGAAUGUGCCCCCAAAGGCCAACCUCGGGGAUCUGAGAGGACUUUCUGCAGGACUGAACGGGCUAAACAGCUCUGCCAUGAUUGAUGGUGGUGAUUUUGACGGUGCCAAGGCAUACAAGGACAGCAAGGUCUGCAACAUGCUCACCAUGCAAGAGUUUCAUCGCCGCUACCAUGAGGAUACUGGGAUCACAUUUGCUUCCCUUUACCCUGGUUGCAUUGCCACAACAGGCUUGUUCAGGGAGCACAUCCCCUUGUUCAGGCUCCUGUUCCCUCCAUUCCAGAAGUACAUCACCAAGGGAUAUGUCUCCGAGGAAGAAGCUGGAAAGCGACUUGCACAGGUUGUGAGUGAACCAAGCUUGACAAAGUCAGGUGUGUACUGGAGCUGGAACAAUAACUCAUCCUCAUUCGAGAAUCAAUUAUCUCAAGAAGCCAGUGAUGCAGAAAAGGCGCGUAAGGUAUGGGAAGUGAGUGAGAAACUUGUUGGUUUGGCUUAGAUGGGAUCCUUGAGAUUCUCCUUGUGAGUGCAGAGUGUGGAUUAGGAUGCUUUCCUGUUGUAUACAGUUUUCACUUUUUUUUAAAAUUAGACGACGAUAAUAAAUCACUCACAUAGUUUUCCAAUGGCAA